AUGUCAAAUCCCAGGACGAUUGAAAUUCUACUCAAUAUCCUGCGCAAUCUCAUACUCCAAGUGAUCCAAACGCAGUCUCUGCAGCGCCUCUUGACGAUAGUUCACAGGUUGUUCCGACCCUUAGUCUCCGAUAGUCAUCGCAAGAAGAUUCCCAUGGUCACGCUGCAGGUACAAGCGACAAUAGCUCUGCAACGGUUUCGGGAAAUCAAAGCUCAGAUCUCAACAGAAGCCCAACAAAGUGUUGAAAAUCAGGAUAAUGGCUCUGUACAUCAGCCAGGUCCGACACCGCCUGUUCAUGCAUCCCAACCUCCAGCCUCUUCCACCAGUCCGCCCGGACCCACUGGCCCUGGCAGUAUGGCAGGUGAUAGGAUUACGGGUCUACCACCCGUUUUUUCUGAAGGUCACGACUCUGCGGCCUCCGCACCUAAUGUGCUUCAUCAGCCUCCAAGUGCUUCAGGUACAGGCCUUCCGUCAUCUGGUCCACCUGGUCUCGGUAGUGGGUCUAACCUACGUGGCCCGGGGUAUAGAUCCGAAUCUAUUCAACGAAAUGAUCAAAGGAAGUCGACAGAUCGAGUGUCCGAUACAGAGGGGCACGCUACCCAAGUUCCUGGUCUAAGUGGCGAUGUGGGCAUUGGAGGAGGUGGGGGUCAGCAAGAGGGGCAAGAUAGUGUUACUCACGAACAAGAACUUGGUUCCUCUGCAAGUGCUAAACUUCAAACACGUCAAGUCGAAAGUUUAGGCUCCGAACGAUCUCACUCCGCUGCGGAGGCCGGUAACCUGAGGCAUAAUGAUUCGGGGCUUCCGCCUAACUCUGGUAUAGUGACUACCCAAACACAUGUGCCCAACCAAGACACUGUUCCACCUACAUCUUCUGUUGUGGAGCCUGGCCAAGAGAGCGGUGGAGGUAGCGGGGGUAAUGGACUUGACGAUUCACAUGACAAUCUUCCAUCACAUCAACAGCUUGUUACCUUUUCAACUUCUGCGUUUCCUUCGUCUGUAGAUGUUAAAAUUCAAGACCCUCCUCCAUCUGUUCUCCAUCCUUCCGAUGGUUCUGAGGGCACCGGUGACCAUACGUCAUCUUCCACUACUGAACGAAACUCACGGGUCGUACAGCUUUCUAGAAUCUCCCAGACACCUGUGAAUCCUGCCACUAUGACUAGUGAAGAUGAUGAAAUUAACGGAGGGGGUGGCGAUUUGUCAAUGGUCCAGGCUGCGGACGCAAUGAACCAGGUUUCUACAGGUCAAGAUCAUGACGCAUUGCAAGCGCCUGGACGCCAAAUUCCGGACGUUUCGACUUCAGAAUCUUCGCAGUCUUCCACCACUAACUCAAGCAAAGGCGUAACGCAGUUUUCUAGAACCUUACAUACUACUGUGAAUCUUGAUUCCCUGGGUAGUGAUACAGAGCAGGAUGAAGACACUGGAGGGGGUGAUGACGAUUCAGAUGACGGGGAUGCUGGGACUGAUCUACACGGUUCUCAGAGUGAAGAUGUUUCGGUUCCGAGGGGUGUGGGAAAUACAGGUUCGCCAAUGUCUAAGUAUACCGUGACUCCGAAGCCUGGAGAUCCUAUACAAGGCCCACAGGACAAUAUUCAGUCCGGUUCUUUUAUAGGCAGUGCAGAUCCUCAGGCUGUGAGUAUUCAGCAUCCGAACCCUCAGU